AUGGAUAACAAAAACAAGACCAGAGUCACUGAGUUUAUCCUUCUAGGGUUCCAGAAUGAGAGAGGAGUAGAAUUUUUCCUCUUUGUUGUAUUUCUUCUCAUGUACAUGACGUCUCUGAUUGGCAACACCAUGAUCAUCCUUCUGGUGUGUGUUGAUUAUCAUCUGCAUUCACCUAUGUAUUUCUUUGUAGCCAAUCUUUCCUUCAUUGAGGUCACUAUAACAUCCACAGUUAUGCCAAAGAUGCUAGCCAACACUUUUUCUCCUACCAAAGCAAUAUCAUUUAUGGGAUGUCUCAUGCAAUCUAUCUUCUACUUCCUCUUCGGAUCUACAGAAUUUUUCAUCUUAGCGGUUAUGUCCUUUGACAGAUACGUUGCCAUCUGUAACCCACUGAGGUAUACCAUCAUCAUGAACAGACAAACAUGUGUGCUCUUACUUCUGGCGUCCUAUGUGGGUGCGUUUUUGUCAAUGUUGGGGCCCUCUGUCUUAACUGCCCCCUUAAUAUUUUGUGGGCCAAAUAAAAUUAAUCAUUUCUUUUGUGACAGAGCCCCGGUGCUAAAGCUAGCUUGUGCAGAUAUUUCUCGGGCAGAGCUUGCUGACUUCAUUGCCUCUGCUGUAUUGCUCUUGGGAUCCCUGCUCUUGACGGGAGUGUCAUACACCUACAUUGUUAUUACUAUCCUUAGGAUUCCAUCUGUUCAAGGAAGGCAGAAGGCCUUUUCCACCUGUGUUUCCCACAUUACAGUGGUUACACUUUAUUAUGGGAGUGCUAUCUUCCUCUAUGUCCGCCCCAAAAAAGGUAAUGCGGUGGAUAUUAACAAAUGUGCCACUGUAUUGAAUACCAUUGUAACACCAAUGUUGAACCCUUUCAUUUACAGCCUCCGAAAUGAGAAAGUCAAAGAAUCCCUGAGAGAUACCUUUAAUAAGUAUAUAGGUGCAUUAACAAAUUUUAGAUCUCAAAAAUGA